CCUUGUCUAAGAAUCAUGUACAACGCAUCCAUAGCUCACAUCUAUAUAAAGGGGCAAUCUAUAUGUUAAAAGCACACUUCCCAAGCCUACCAAGCACCGACCGUCCUUAUUGAAGUAUCCAUGGUUCUUGAGGUUGAAGCCAAGAUGACGGAAAACCAAUUGCAGAACCUAAGGAAGAGACUAGGCACUCCGCAAAAUCUAGAUCAAAAUGGACAGUUCCUGCAUUUAUUCAACCCGAUCGGCAACGCCAAUGAGUUUCUCGUAGUGAGUUAUAACCUGCAGGUCCUGGGAGACCAAAUAAAAGAGAACUCCAAGCUGCGUAGGAAGCUAGACGACUUGGUGGAUAACUAUGUCAAGCAACUGGAGACUACAUGCAAAAUAAGGCCGGCCGGUCCCACGGCAUAUCCUAUUCCGACCUUCAAUGGCACUGUAAGUCCCUACCCUAGCGAUGCCAUGCCAUAUUGGAUCGCAAUGAUGAAUCAAAGGCUGGACAAUAUAGAGAAAAGCUUCGGGAAAAUGGAAGAGCUCAUGAUGGAAAAUCUUGAAGCAUAACAUUGCUAACAGACCCGUGGAUCCAGUCAAUCCUAUAACACGGUACAUCAUAUUGAGUUCAAGUUCGAUGUCACAUUAAAUUUCUUCCCUUUCUAUGUGUGUCUGUAUACGUUGUUUCGCAAGUGUUUGUAUGCUUCAGUAAAGUAGACGACAACUCCGGCUGACUUCCUUGUGUAUCGGAUAGAGGCAGGGGAAACAUGUGUAUUUGUUGUUUUACUGAAUAAAAAUUGUUCUUGCAUCA